AUGCGUAUUUCAUGUCAGUUGUGAAAGUGGAGCUGAUGACCUCAGCUGUCAGUAGGCAGCGGUGCUUGUUUUACGGCUGAAUUCGUGAUUAGAUUAAUAAUAUUUAGUAGUUUAGUUUAGUUGAAUUUUUGUUUGUAAUCUUGUAAUAAUAACAAUAAUUUGAGACUGCUAAGUGUGUAAUUAAGUGUUUAUUACGGUGGGAUUUUAAUUAUGAUUACCAGGAAGUUGGCCGAGCUUGGAUAUCAUCGAAGCGCCAAGAAAUGCAAAGAGAAGUUUGAGAAUGUGUACAAGUACCACAAGCGCACCAAGGAUGUCCGUACGAGCAAACAAGAAGGCAAAAACUAUCGCUUCUUCGAGCAAUUAGCCGCCUUCGAAUCCCAGCCUCCCGCCGGAGCCACUCCCACUGCUCCUCCGCCGCAUCCGCAACCGUCGCAGCCGGCGGCGACAACAAUGCCAGCCUUCAAUCCACCACAGGUUCAGCCCGUCGCCUUCGUCACCAUGGCUCAUGAUCACAUUCCAACCAGUACUACUGUUCCAUCGACAACUGUUCCUCCGCGGUCGGCCGCGCCAGCAAUUACGAUCGCCGCUCCUUCCUAUCCGCCGGCUCCACAACCGACGAUCCAGCCUCUCUAUCCUCCUUCUUUCUCCACCUUUUCAACAGAUCUAAUGUCGAAUUCGCCCUCCUCUUCGUCCUCGACAUCAUCCGACGUGGAGCUCCACCGCGGCGGCCGGCACAAGCGGAAGCGGAAGUGGAAGGACUUCUUCGAGCGGCUGACGACGGAAGUGGUCCACAAGCAGGAAGAGAUGCAGCGGAAGUUUCUAGAAGCCAUCGAGAAGCGCGAGCACGAACGAAUGGCGCGUGAGGAGUCGUGGCGAAUGCAAGAAAUGGCCCGGAUAAAUCGGGAGCGCGAGAUCCUUGCUCAGGAGCGAUCCAUCGCCGCCGCCAAAGAUGCCGCCGUGAUGUCGUUCCUCCAGAAGCUCUCCGAACAGCAGAACCCCGGCGCUCCACCACUCCACCUCCCCAAUCAAGCCGUCCAAAUCGCUCCACCACCGUCGCACCAACCUCCUCCGCAACAACCACCACCGAGGCCGUCUGUAGUAGUAGCAGCAGCAGCUCUGCCGCAGCCACCACCGCAAUCAACGCCGAAUCAAGUACAAUCAGCCCCACCAGCAGCAGCGGCGACUCCGGCGCCCGUACAGCAACCUCAAUUAAAACAUCCGGUUAGUCAAAGUCAAAGUCAAGGUCAAAACCAAAAGGAGAUGGUAAGAGCGGACAAUGUGGAUCAGCACUUCCUGCCGGCGAGCUCGUCGCGGUGGCCGAAGAUGGAAGUGGAAGCGCUGAUCUCGCUGAGGAGGAACCUGGACUCCAAGUAUCAGGAGAAUGGGCCUAAAGGCCCACUGUGGGAGGAGAUCUCGGCCGGGAUGAAGAGACUGGGCUACAACCGGAACCCGAAGCGGUGUAAGGAGAAGUGGGAGAACAUCAACAAGUACUUCAAGAAAGUGAAGGAGAGCAACAAGAAGCGGCCCGAGGAUUCAAAGACCUGUCCGUACUUCCACCAGCUGGACGCAUUGUACAGGGAGAAGCAGAAUCUGGAAGGCGGUGGCUCCUCGUCCGUCGCCGCCGGCGGCGAUCAAUUCAAUUCGGUGCCUCUAAUGGUUCAGCCGGAGCAGCAGUGGCCGCCUCAGGCGCUUCCUCCUCCGGUGCCUCCUCCUCCGCAGCAGCAGCGGCAGAAGGAUACAGUGAUGGAGGAAGCGGAGAGCGAGGAUCACGGUGACGAGGAGGAGGAAGAUGAUUAUGAUGACGAGGAGGAGGAGGAUGACGUGACAGGCGAGUACGAAUUCGUCUCGAACAAGCCGCAUUCAAUGAAUCCCGGCGGCUGAGGAUUAAAAAGAAGCAAGUAAGAGAAGACAUUGUCAUUGAUCAAUGGAAAGCAGUGACUCCGCCGGACUCUGCCGCGAAUCGCGGCAGGCUGGGCGGUGGAGGAAGGGAGGAAAUCGGCAGGCGAGAAAUUGGUGAUGACUGAAAGAGCGCGCUGGUCGUCGAGAAAAGAGAGAGAGAAGAGCACAUAUAGCUUUUUGGCGUUUGGGGUUUUUUGAAUUUUAUGUUUUGAUCAAAUCUUUUUGGUUUCUUUUUUUUUUGUUGUUGUUGUAAUUUAUUUAUUUAUUUUCCCAGAUAAAUAAGAGAAGUUGAGAGGGAGAGGGCGGAGAAUUGAGAGGAAAGAAGAAAAGAGUUGAGGUCCCAGAAAAAUGAAAAAGAGGGCACGUAGUACUCUGAUAAAUAAGGGAGAAAAAAGAGGGCAAAAUGGAGAUGGUAAGAAAAAGGAAUUUGUAUGGUUGGUUAUGGAUGAUUUAUAUACACAGGAUUACAAUACUGCUGUCAAGGAUAAAUACGGCUUCUUCUUCGUCUUCAUUUUUUUAUGUCAGAAAUUAUUACUGCUCGAGAAGUAGAGUAUGAUAAUCACCACAUGCAGAUGCAGAAGAGAAACAGAGUAUGCCGCUCAUUUUUUAGGGGUGUCAAUUCCUUCAUCUAUCAUCGCCACCCUUCUUUCUGUGGGUCCCUUUCCUUCGUCCAUUGUUGUAAUUGUAAAUGCAAGAAGGGAAUCUUCUUCUUCUUCAUUCUCUUUCUCUUUUUUUUUUUUUUUUUUACUGCGACAAAGAAUGUAUUCAUCAUUAUCAUCAUCAUCGUCCUCCACAUGGUCAAUUUAGUUAUACCAUUGAACGAUUUUUACCUAUUUACCUCCACCAACCUGUUGGAUAUGGUUCCACAAUAAAAAAAAUUGUGGACGAUGCAAGUCAAAAGGAUGGAAAAAAAAAAUGAUGGCAAUGUUACAUUGUAUGUCAAACACACACUGUUAUUGUAUGCUUGUGAAUUUUAAGUUUGAAAAUUAUGAAUAGGUGCUUAUGUUUAUUCCGUUUAUGAGUAAAACUGACAGUAUAGGAAAGAGAUUCUUUAAUCACGGAAAAAUUCGUGUUUGAAAGUGCGUUUCACGUGUUUAAUAGUUUUAGUCGCGAAAAAUUACUGUAAUAUAUAUCUCUGUGUCCACUUGUAAAGUUCGUGAAAAAAAUCGUGCCUAUUGUCAAAUUUUGGAGCACACAUCCGUGAGAAGAAAAAAAAAAACUUUUAAAGACGCGAUGGCUUCUUUUAAGACGGUAUUAACCGUGACUAGAUGUUUAUCACUUGUUAUGGUAUUUGAUUGGCUCUCUCUCUCUAUUAAAUACUAAUCUACAUUUAUAUAUAUAUAUAUAUAUAUAUUAACAUAUAAUUCAAAAGACCAACUCUUUUUGAUUUUUUAUUUGAUAACCCAGGAACAUCAGCAACCCACUUGCCACAUGAGUGACAGCGGGGCCUACUAAACCUGGGGGUACCUGCAUACUAACCAUCAAGGAAUUUGUCCCGACGCAGUGCCCGGCGUUAUGCUACCAUUACCUAAGAGACUUCAUCUCCUAUACCAAGGGUGCCUCCGAGAACACCAAGAAGGUGGUACUGGGAUUCGAACCUGGGACCUUGUCACAUCCCAAACUCGAAACUCAGCCUUUUUAUAGUUGAGCGCCAUGUAAGCAAAAGUUAACGGAGUUGGACGGAGAGCGACCAAACGUGAACGGUUUCAGUAAACUGAAGUACCACCAAUGAUUUAAAUAUUUUGAGUGACCAAACUUGAAGGUCUUUUGUAAUCUCAGUGACCAACCAUGCAAUUUACCGUAAUAUACACUUAUGUCUAUAAGGUUGAACAUAAACCACAAAAAAAAUUCAAAUAAAUCUAAAACAUCAUA